CGAAACAAGAUUUACGUAGUAUGGAAAUAAAGACCAAGUCAAUCGAACAAACAUUAAUUCCUUUGGUGACUCAGAUAACAACUCUAGUCAAUGCAAAAGAAAAGCCGAUUAAAUCAGAAAAGACAUUACGUGCCAUUGUGCGGGUGGGUCAGGCUGUCAACCUGGCAGUUGAGAGGUUCGUCUCUGUGGGGGAAUCCAUUGCUGAUAACAAUCCAGAAAUAAAGAUUGACAUGUAUCAGGCCUGUAAAGACUCUAGAGCUGCAGGUACUCUGAUUGAGCAGCUCUGUGAAAUUCAGCGAGGAGAUGUUGGACAAGCUCGUCAGUGUGCUGACAAGAACGGUAUGGUUCGAGCAGCUCGAUCUCUUCUGUCUUCGGUGACAAAGGUGCUAAUCUUGGCUGAUACCGUUGUACUCAAACAUCUUUUGAGUGCCAAGGACAGAGUGUCCAUUAGUUUGAACAGAUUAGAAAAUGUGGCUAACUUUACAGAGUUCGUGAAAGCCUUUAGUCAGUUUGGCACAGAAAUGGUUGAAUUAGCUCAUCUAUCUGGAGAUAGACAAAAUGAUCUAAAGGAUGAGCGAAGGCGAGCACAGAUGGCUGCAGCUCGUCAAAUCUUGGAACGCUCAACUAUGAUGUUACUUACUUCUUCCAAGGCUUGCCUGAGGCAUCCAGAGUGUGAAACAGCGCGAGAAAAUCGAGACACUGUAUUUUUACAGAUGAGGAGGGCAAUGGAUCUGAUUCAUUUUGUUGUUAAAGAUGGAGUAAUUCCUGACCUUGCUGCGUCUAGUAAAGGUACAACAGAGCCACGAAAAAACAGUGGUACCUGUUCAAAGCAUAGUAAAAAAUCUAGUAUUGCUGAGUGGCGACUGGAGGAUCUAAAUCAAUGCCUCACUGUUCAUAAUGCUAUCAAAAAAUUUGAGGAUAUUGUAGAAAUGACCCGCAUGACCCUAGUUGGGCCUGCUUACAGAGACCAGUUGACAAGUGCCUUAGAUACAGUGGUGGAGCGUACACAAGACUUCACUGACUCUGCCUAUACUUCCAACGAACACAGGGAAAAAAUUCUCCUCCUGUGUGAUCGUGCUAAACUUGAAUUAAACCAGCUACUUAGAAUAGGAGUUGGACUUGAUCAAGCAGGUUCUAUCUCACCAAGCGAAGAUCUUGAGGCAUCUAUCCUUCAGACUUUAAGAGCCAGUAAGGAUCUGAAACAACAGCUACAAGAUACCGCCUUGGAUCAUGCAGACGAGCUUUUCAAAAUCACAGAUGAGGCUGAAUUCAUGAGUCAGCUUAAAAAUGCAGCUAUUGCUGGGGACCAUGACAGACUGGAAGAAUUUGCCGAGAAAUUCAGUGAGCACGCUGAACACAUACAGGAGGUGUGCAAGCUCAUACACCAUGUAGCCAAUACAGAGUCUUUACAGGUUACAUCCAAAAACCUGGAUUAUUGCUUGAAAGUCUAUGGAAUUCAGGUGCUUAAUGCCUCUCAUACCUUGUGUAUGCAUCAAACCAGCAAAAUCGCAAAAGAAAACCUUGAUGUUUUUAUGGAGGUCUGGCAGUCUUUAGUCAAUGACGUAGCUUCAAUUUCUUCAGAAAUAGCAGAACUUUGCCGUGGAAAGCUACCCGAGAAGCCUGUUUAUAUGUCACUUCCCAGACCUGGUAGACACGGUACAACAAGUAAACCACUUAAGCCAGCAAAGCUUGACAUGGAGGAACAGGCAAAAAUAGCUAAACUGGGUCUGGAGAUGAAGCUGCUUACAUCUGAAAUGGAUGCCGAAACAGAAAAAUAUUCAUCAGCUGAUAGCAAUGACAUCGUUUUUAGAGCACGUAACAUGUCUCAAAUGGCCUUCUCAAUGUACCAGUUUACCCGAGGAGAAGGAGAUUUGAAAACGACCCAAGACCUCUUCACUCAAGCAGAAUUUUUUGCAGAGGAAGCAAAUAAACUUUACAAGUUGAUUCGUCACUUUUCAUAUCAAGUGCCAAGUGGACAACAUAAGAAAGAACUCUUGGACUACCUUGAUAAAGUGCCCACAUUUGUUCAACAGUUACAAUUCACAGUGAAGAACCCUACUGUAGGAAAGGCAGCUACAUUUACUAAGGUUGACAAUGUCAUACAGGAGACAAAGAAUUUAAUGAAUAUAAUAUCUAAAGUGGUGACAACUUGCCUUGUGUGUGCAACAGAGUUCAACUUGGACUUUAGAGGCAGCAGCACUAGCCGUUCAAGAAACACUUCUCCGUAUCGUAAUGAGCUUGAAGACUACACUUUCAACGAUGAACUUAACAAUACAGUAGAAAUGCCCACAAAAGAAGGAGGAACAAGUGUUUCAGAUCCAAAUAUAUGACAGUUUGGAUUGGGCCCACGAAGGGCCAGAGGUGACCCACGUCGUACUCGUGUGUCUUUUUUACUCUUUUAGGGUCAAAAUUCAAACAAGAUCAGUAAAAAAAUGCCAGAAUAUCUCAGUGAGUAGGCUUCAAAGUGCCAUUUUUAUUAUAAUAUAAUUUAGCUGUUUCACCUAUAUCUAGUCUUUUUUUAUUGGCAUGCAGUUAAUCAGUCCUUAUAUUUUUUCCCCCUUGGUCACAGUUAUUGCUUCAAGAUUUAGGAAAUUAUUUUGUUACAUUCAGCAAGCUUUGGCUUAAUUAAUUUUUUGUUGCACUGUUAUUAGAUUAUACAAAAUAAUCACACAUUGUACCUUAUAACCUUUGUUUUUCUUUGAAUUAAGUUCUUCAUAUAUUUCUCAACAAAUUACUUUCUGUACCAACAUAUCACUAAGAUAUUGUUUGUUUGAUUGUGGUACUUUGUUAUUUGUUUUUCAUUAAAAGGUUUAUAUUUUAAUUUGUUAUAUACAUUUAUAUGUUGGCUAAGCAUUUUAGUCAUGACAUAUAUUAGCCAAUUUUUUUUGUGUGUGUGAUAUUCUUUUACUUUAGCAUUACUGGACCAAGUAGCUAGUUAAGUUUAAUUUAAUAAAAUAUGGCAAAGACUGUGUUUGAAAUGAAAAUCGAAUCUUACAACUGUUCUCAAGUUUAUCUCAAUAAAACAACAACUCUAAGCCUUGUAGUAUGGUAAAGGCAUUAGUGUCAUUAAAACAUGUGGGCUUGUACAGUUCAUAUAUAGACUGUAAUUCCUAUUGUUUUUGUUUCCAUAAAGUAUAAUUAUGUGGAUUUAUUAUGGUGGUAUUAUGGUACACACAAAUAUGGAGAAACUUCUUGCUUCUCUACAAGGCUAAUGUAUGUUUUUUCUAUUAUUUCAUAACAAUUUUUAUUAGUGAGGGUUCCCAAGAAUAAGCUUUGGUAUAGCUACUAGAAAAUGUAAUAAAAUAUAAAGUAG